ACCAAAACUACCGGCGUGCCAGAAGCGAUGGAAUAAUUAUCGGCGCCAUUGCAAUACAGCUUGAUCGAGCAAUGUUGUCCCUGAGUACCGAGUAUAAAACUUCUCUUCGGCAUCGGAUUAUUCAUCAGUACAUCUUCAGAUAUCAUUUGGUGAACAGAUUUCAACCAGCUUAAAAGAUCAGCAUGUUCAAGCUCCUUGCCCUGAUCGCCUGUUUGGCCAUCGUUGCUUCGGCCCAGUACCAUGGAGAACCCGAACACAAGGAACACUACGCACACCCGAAGUACAAGUUCGAGUAUGGAGUGAAGGAUCCCCACACCGGUGACCACAAGAGCCAGUGGGAAGUACGUGAUGGCGAUGUCGUCAAGGGAGCCUACACUCUGCACGAGGCCGAUGGAACCGAGCGUGUGGUCGAGUACAAGUCGGACGGUCACAACGGAUUCGAGGCUGAUGUAAAGAAGGUCGGACAUGCUCAUCACCCCCAGAACUAUCCCAGCCAUCCCGUCCAUGUUCCAGUGCAUGUGCCUGUACAUGCCCCGACCCAUGCUCCAGUGCAUGUUCCGGAGCAUCGUGUACAUCAUGGACACUCGGGUGCCAGCUACGUCAAUGUCGAUAAGCACUACUAAACGACUGCUUAUUUUCCAGACCAUCGUUCAGCUAAAUCAUGAUGUGAUAAGUAAUAAACAAUGAUCUGCAAAGAAUGAUCCUUCGAAAAGGAAUGAGAGAUUAGUUUUUCAUGAUUGUCGUCCGAUUGAUUGACUGAAUGACUAAUGACAGAAUAUCUUUAUUUGACUAGGAAACAUCUGAUCACAAAAAUUCCUUCGUUACCUAUAGUUUUCUUUCCUGUCUCGUUGGCAGAAUAAGUGGAAAACGGAUGAACUCGGAAGGUUCCUUUAUGGUCAGUCUCAUAGGACUGAAGAGAUUACAAUUUUUACAUUACAUUUCCUCCUUUUAUUUUGUCAUAUCCCGGGCAUAUCCAUUUGUGUAGGUGUGUUUUGUCGCGGUUGUAAUUUUUGGUGCUAUUAUCGAGUGUUAGAGAUGUUCUAUUUCAAUAUGUUCUUCGAUCCGUCCAGUUAUACUGUCGUGUUGUGAUUUUCCACAUCGUUGAAGCACCUCCACAGCAUCACACUGUCGUCUGAACCAGAUUGCUAUAGAUCUAGAGCAACAAGAUUUGCCGUGAAUCGAGAAAAUAUUCUGGUGAAUGCACAUCCCCACAGAACCCAAAUAAAUAAAUAAAUUAAUAAAUUAAUAAAUAAAUAAAUGAAAUUGUCAAUAUCAAGAUGUUUCAUUUUAACUCUUUCACUGUUAAAAACUUUACGUUGGUAUGGCUAGGUUACACAUUCAUUUUUCGUUGUAGGAAUGUAUUCAU